ACUAGAUUGGACACAAUUAAUUAGUUUAAAAUAUUUAGAGGUUGGUUCAGUUAAAGCUUUAUUUGACUUAUUUUUAUUUUAUUAGUAUACAAUUAUUAUAGUAUAGGUACUAUAAUAUAUUAUAGGUACUUCUGUUGUUUUCCUGUGACUGUGAGUAUACAUCGAGAAUUCUGUCCUUGGUUUACGCGUGCUGUUAAGUACCAAAUUAUUAUUAAUAAUUUAUGUAUUUUUGUUUUUAUUAUUAUACUGUAGUAUAAGAUGUAACAAAACGAAUAAAUCCUUAAAAAUAUUAUUUUUGUAAAUGAUUUGCGAUUCAUAUAGUUCUAUAUUUUGUACUAUAUAGUAAUAAAUAUCUAUUAUUUAUAUGAUUACAGAAAAUGUUCAAAUCAAAUGAUAAAGAUACCAGGAGAAGAAAUUUAAGAGAAGGUUUGCCUGCUUACGCAUAUUCUCGGUACAUAUUUAUUUUUUCUUAAUAGUUGACAUUAGAUUAACACGUUUUAACAAAUUAGUGACAUGCAUAAUAAGGCUUUGGUAUAACAUUAUUAUAAUACUAAUAAUAAUUCUUUUAAAUUUAAAUAUGAGAGUUUGGCUGAUAUUACUUCAGAUUCAGCAUUGAAAACCACCUUCAGCAGAAAUUUUUACGUUGAAUUUUGGCUAAAUUUGAAUCCAUUAGUUAUAAGCAUUAUUCGGGACUUACAGCACUUAGAAUUCACAAAAAAGCACAAAAACCUAAAAAAAAAGUACUUCAACAAAAUAUUAGAUCAAAUGGUAGAAAGUUUAGAUGUUCCCUGUCUAAUGGCUCUAAAUUAUUAAAUAUACUUUUUUAACACGACGUUAAUUAUUAUUAAAAAUGUAUUUUGUUUAAAUAAAAUUGUAUGUAUUAUAAAAAAAAAUAACAUCAGGUAAAUAAUUUGUAUAGCGUUAGAAAAUGGUAUUUAAUGAGUUAAAGCCGAUAUAGGGAGGACAUUUAAACCCUUCUAUCAUUAACUCUAAUAAUAUUUGUUUGAAGUAAAUUUUUCAAAGUUUUUUUGUGAAUUUUAAAUGCUAUAAGUCCCUAAUACUGGUGAUUAGUUUUUCACAUUCAAUUUUUACUUUUUAUUUUAAAUUAUAAUUUUAUAAUGUUCAUUAAAAUAAUAUAUGUUAAAUAAAAUGAUUUAAAUCGGUUAUCAAUGAAAACUAGUGUUCAUUUUUUUCAUGUUCCUCAUGAUAUUCCCAGAAGGGCACAGUCGGCUAUAAAGGUGGGAACCGCUCUACUAAACAAUUUGAUUUAAAAGUUAUUUCAAAUAGUUAUAUAAAUAGCUAAUGCACACGAAUAGGAGGUACACGAAAAAAAGUUGCCUAAUAAGGGAGAAUAAAAGUAUUAACUUUUUUUUUUUUUAAAUUUAAGACAGUAAAAUAUAAUUUAAAAAAAUAUAUUAAUAUAUUUCCAUUUCAUUUAGUACCUAUUUUGAACUUUACAUGAAUUAAUUGAUUUUAAUAUCUAUUUGUGUUUUAAAUUUUAAUAUCAAUCUUGAAUACCAAGUUAUUAAAACGAUAAUAUAUAUAUCAGGAACUAUUUAUCACCAUUUGAACAGCAUAUUGUAUUACAUAUUGUUACCCAUAUGCAUAUUAUAUUAAAAUCUUUAGUUUUAGUUAUAAUCAAUAUUUUGUAUUUUAUUACAAAUGUUGUGUACAUUUUUUUCUAAAUUACUUUGAUACAUAAUUACCAACCCUUGCUUAAGAUAUUGUAAUAAUAUGUAUAUUUUUUUUAUGUUUAGUUAAUAUUUAAAAACCACUAAUUUUAUACUAUACAUCUUUGAAUAAUAUACUUAUGCAUUAAUCUGUUAAUGUACCUACAAUAAUUGAUUUUGGAAUUAAAUUUAAAUUGUUUUUUAAUUUUAUUUAUUUUUCAUAGAGGAGUUGAGUUGCAUAGCAAUAGAAAUCCUUCUUUCUGCAAGCAACCUGAAAAGUAUGAUCCGAGAAGAAAUGUUCUGAACAUUAGUUAUCCCAUAGAUGGUGAGUUAAUAAAUUUGUAAUCUACUAUAUCUAUUAAAAAACCAAUGAGCAACAGAGCUUUGUCAUUAAAGUCAAAUUUUUUCUCAGCCAACUUAUUGCUGUUACUAUUUUUUUUGUUGAGAAAUUGGAAGUUAGAAUGAGAAUAGCCGAUCCCAAAUAGUUGGUAUGUAGGCAAAGGAAAUAAAGACGAUUUGUAUUAUUUCAUUAAGAAAAAUAUUGAUUCUUUUAUUAAUUUCAGAAUUAGUUAUUUAAUUUUAUUGUUUUUUCUAUUUUAAUUUUAGUUUCAAAUAUUAUUAUACACAAAUGCCAAUGUUGCUGUUUCAUGUUCUAAGUACCAUAAAUGACUACUUAAUUUUUUUUUUUAUGUAGGUAGAGAAAUAUUUUUUUCUAUUUUUUGAUUUCCUAUACUUUUCAAAAAGUAUAAGUAGAGUGAGGAGUGUAUUGGUUUUAUAAUGAUGUUUAUUUUUUUAUUUUUAUUUUUAUGUGAACACUACCAAAAAGUAUACACCAAUUAUCAAAUAUAACACCUUUUCUGAAAGGAAAUGUUCUCUGGGUGGUACUUUACUCAUUAAUAUUCAAGAUAUGAGGAAAACCUGGUUCUUAGGUUAACUAAAAUAAGAUUGCCAUUGGCAACUACUUUUAUUUAUUUUUUGUUAUUAUUUAGUUUUUAUUAUUUUAAAUCUUUUUUAAACAAUUAUUGUUGUCAUGGAAAUGCACAUUAAUGAAUAUAUGGCCUUUGACAUCCAAUAGGCAUGAUGCAUUGCUCCAGGGUAUUGCAAAGAUAUAUCACGAUUAGGAGUACCACUGAGAAAUAUUACAGGUAAUUUUAAUAAUUCUCUAUAGUCGUCUCUGUUAUGAGAUUUUCGUAAUUGAUCCAUAUAUUAAACUAACAUAUAAUUAUUAAUACUAUUUAAUUUUUCACUCACUAAAAUAUUUUCUAAUACAGUGUUAAAAUUAAUGACAUUAAGUUUUGGGCAAAAUUGAAAACUUGAAAAUUUGAAUAUCUGGACUUGUAUUAGUUAGACUCCAUUAAAUUGCCAUUAAAUUAAAGUAAGAUUAUUUUAUAUAAUAAAUAAAGCAAAGAAGUAAAUUUCCAAAACUAUCUUAUAAAUACAUGAUAUAUAUUAUAUUAAUUUAUUUGAAAUAAAUAUACCUAGUCUUAAUGAUUUUAUUUUUGAAUUUGUAUGCUUCAUAAUCAAAUAUUUCAGUAAAUUUAAUGUUCUAUAAGUAUUAUAUAUAUAUAUGUUUUCAUAAAAAAUGAUUAAAAUAAUUCAAAAACUAAACAAAUAUUGUUUUUUCAGUAAAAACACAUUGUGGAACUUUAAGAUCUGAAAGGCAUGGGUUAAACUUAACCAAUUACCAAAAGAUCAAAAAAAAAUAAAAAAAAAUAUAAGACUAAAUGCCUUCCUAAUAUACAUAUAUGUAUAUAAAGUGAUCAAUGUAAUAUAAGACUCGUUAUCUCGGAAAAUAUUAACAUGUUUUACGGAAUUUGUUUAUUUGAUCAUUUCACAAAUACCCCUAAAAUGCUGCAUCACGGUCAUUUUUUGUCUCCCUUAUUUUAGGUUGUGAAUCUACUACCUUCUUUUGAUAUUUAAAUGGCAACCCAUAUUACAAAUGCCUUACAUAGACAUAGUAUUAGUUUAAAUAAAUUUGAAUGUUAACAUUUCUAAUUUCUAUCAAAUAAUUGACGAAAUAUUCUAUUUUUAAGUUUAGUGAGGUAGAACACUAUUAAAACGCUGCCCUUUUUUUAUUUAAAAUUAGUUAUUAAAUUAGAAAUUAGUUAAAAAAAACUUGGAAAUAAAAUGUUUUUAUUCUGUCUAUUCUUCUUUGAGCAAUAAAAAUUGCCCACAUAAACCGAACAGAGUGUCCUUAUUUUGCAUUAUUUUUUAACCUUGUUAGUAUACAUUGAAAUUGGGACAAGACUAUUUUAAACAUAAUAAGUGGCUUCCCAUAUUAACCGGUUUCCACUUUAGGUGGAAUCCACUGCAAAGCAAAAUCUGCAUUACACAGACUGUGUAGAACUCACUUAUUUUUGAUUUUAGUGUAAAAUCACCUAUUAUUCCGAAUAUAAUACUCCAUACAUUUUUUUAGAAAUAAAUACUAAUUCAUCAUUUUUAAGUGACUUUAACAUUUUAAAAAAGAAAUGUAUAGGCUUGCAUUUCGGAUUAUUGUCCUCUUUGAAUUUUUUAAUAAGUGCUUUUACUCUAAAACCAAAAUUAAGCAAGUUCUCUACGGAGUGUGUAUAAGGUAGAUUUUGUUAUAUUGCCCAUUAGUUGGACUGAGACUACGUAUGCGGGUACAAUGUCUUCAUAAUAUUUAUUACAGAUAAAUAAAUAAAGUUAGAAAAUAUAUUUAAAAACAAUAGGUUUUUAUAAAUUCAGUACUUAAUAUCAGAAUUUGAAAUUUUAAAUAAAUAUUUGUUGUGUUCAUGUAUUAACAGUGUUUUUUUUUUGUGUUUUAAUAUUUUAAAUAGUUCCUGAAUUUGGGCUGCCAAAUGAAGAGCAAAUAUUAUAUUAUGAGCAAUUGAUGAAGAUGAGUAAUGAAACUAUUGUACUUAGUAAUUUUUUAGAAAACAAACAGACUCAGGUUAUUAUAAUUUGAACCUACUAUUCAUAAAUACCUAUUACCUAAUGAAGAAUAUUUAUUUAUAUACAAAUAAUACAAUCUGAAUAUAUAUUAAUAUAAAAAUAAUAAAUUUAAAUUUUUGGAUUUUUUAAAGAUAACAGCUAUACAACAGAAACCAGAGUCAAUUCAAGGACAAACGUUAAAAAAUGUAUCAUUAAAAAAAUCACCAGAAAUUUUACCAUUUUACAAAACAUGUUUUAAGUAAAUAUUCGUAAAUCAUUAUUAAUUAUUAUUACAUAUUAGGAAACAACUUUCUAGUUUCUUUUUAUACAUAAAUAUUAUUGGAAUAACAUAAUAGUACAACUUCAUAAUUUGUUUAAUUUUAUACACUUUAGAUAAAUUACAAUUAAUUAUUUCAGAACAAUAAAAAUAGACACAAAAUGGAAUCUUUGUUUAAUUAAUGAACAUUCUUGUGAGCUUCGAUUUGAAAUAAAACAGAUUUACUUACACAUGUGGCUAUAUUACGAAAAUUAUAUGGAGAAGGUUGAUUUAGGAGUAUUAGAUACUUGUAAUCGAAUGAUGGGAUUUGGACAAACUAUAACAGAAACUGAAAGAUUUUAUCUUAUAAUUAGAGAUGACUAUUUAAUGGUUAGUAAUGUAUUGUUAUUCAUGAAUUAUAUUAUGCAUAAUAAUAAUUAAGUAUCAAAUUGUUAUUAUCAUUUUAAGUAUAAAUGUAUACAGUUAUGACAUGAAAAUAUUAAAAUUUAUUUUAGGCUUCACAAACUAUGGUUUUGUUAAAACACGUAUUAUCCAAUCGACAUGCAUCUAUUUUUGAAAUGUUUAUGGAAACACUAGAAUCAUGGAAAAAUCUGUUACAAAAAAUGAGUACUAAUCCAAAAUUGUAUGAUUUGUCACCUACUAGUAAGUUAAGUUUUUAAUUAUUGUACUACUUAUUAUUACUUUAAAGUUUAAAGAUUUAGCUUUCUGUUGUUAUUUUACGAUUAUCAAAAAAAAAAAAAUUAAGUUGUAAAUUUCAUAAAGCAGCUAAAACUAUUAAGUAGUUUUCGUCUACUUUGUUUUGCCGAUGACAUUAAGCAUUUUGAACAUGUUUAUUUGAUAACUUCAAUUUGAAUGUUUUAUAAAAUUAGGGCUGUCUUUCAAUCUCUAAAUGCAAGGUUAUGUUUUUCCCAAGGAUUUGUUUAUCUAUCUUUUUCGCUCAUGAUCCUAACAAUAUCGUUAUUAUGUUUGUCUCUGAUAGUGCUAUAGACCUUGGUUUUAAAUUAAAUAGUAGACUUGAUUGUAGCCCUUAUAUUGAUUUUAUUUGUUGCAAGGCAUUAAGAAGAACUCUUUGAUUUAUUUUGCAAUUGUCCGUGAUUUUUAUUAGGUUGUCAAUUAAGUCUCUUUUCUGCUGCACUCUUGUGCAUUUAAUCCGGGUGUAUGGUACAGUUAAAAUUUACCAACUUAGGAUCUUAUUUUCUAAUAAAAUGAACAGGUAUAUGAGUACAACAUAGUUAAAAAAUGAAUUAUUCAAAAUUCUGACAUUUAGGACGUCACAUACUCAAUAUUUAAGGGAUUGCGUAUAGGCCAUUUAACAAAAAAUAAAGUUUUUAUUUUUACUAUUAUUAAUAGGGGUAAUAAUAAUCAUUAAUAGAAUUAAUAGAAUUUAGACAUUGUUAAUAUAAUAGGAAACUAAAUUUAUCAUUUUAUUGAUAAUCAUUUAGUUUGCAUUAAUAACAAACAAUUUACUCUUUCGAUAAUUAUAAUAGUGCCUAUUAAUAGCUACCAACAUUUUAGAACUCUUAAAGAUAAUAAGGAUCUUUUGAUAACAAACAUUGAGAAGGUAGAUACACAUUUUUAAUUGGACUGCAAUAUUUUGUUAGUCUCAUAUUCUCUUUUAGAAUAUUUGAUUAGAACUAAUACUCGUGAGUCGUGAUGUGAAUGUCUACUCUAUGGUGUAAAAUUAAUUUAUACUCUAUUAAGAAUAAGAGCCCACCGGUUUGUGUAAGCACAAUUAAACAUUUGCACAAUGUUAGACCAGCUGAACCCCCACUGUUGAAUUGGUAUUGCUAACUGUACGCCAUACUAUCAUGUUUUAAGUCUCUGGCUGGGUGUGCUCUUAUUUUGAAUAGAGUAUAGUGGUAUCUGUCUGAACUUUAUUAAUCAUCAGGAUUCUGAAUUCAUCCCGUUAUUUAUAGUUUUAUAAAAAAUGAACAUAUUUUUAGACACAUGCAUCUAUUUUGAAUACUUUAUUUAAAAAAAUAAUAAUGGAAAUAAAAAUAUUAAAAUUUAGAAGAAAUUAACUGUUAUUGUUUACAUUCAAUUGAGUCUUGCAGGUAAUUUAAUUUAAUUUUAAGAAAGGCCUCUGCCACAACUGUCAUCAUGUAGUAAUAAUAUAGACAAUGCUAUGUUUUUAAAUUUUAAAUUUAACAUAUUAAAUAUUCUAUUAUUGAGUGAAUAACCUACAAUUUUGUUUAUACAUUUAAACAAAAAUUAAUUAUUUUAUUAAUUAAUUAAUUAAAUGUUAAAUACGGGACAAGGGUCUAAUUUAUAUUAUAGAUUAUAGUACAUGAGAUUUUGAAUCGCCCAAAAAACCAAGAACACCUGUGAAUUGCGCCAUUGUAAAUAUUAGGUAUAUAUUAAUAGUAGUUCUAAAAUAUUUUUGGAUACAAUAUUGAUAAUAUAUAUAUUUUGUGUUUUACCCAUAUUUAAAAAGUAUAUUUUUAUAUUUUAAUAGUACAACACAUAGUAAAUAGUAUUCUCACCAAAACCCACAAAAUGUGGAAAUACAAUGUACAUUAUGUAUAAAUGAUUCGCUAGAACCUGGAAACAUAAUUUUUUUAAAUGGUAGUUCAUUUAUUAGUUUUGGUAAUGUAUUUUUAUUUCACUUAAAGUUUCCCUAAAUUUCUAUAUGGGUACAAAAACUUUUAAAAAAGAAUGGAGAAAAUAAUUAUAAGUUGAGGAAUAAAUUAAAAUUAAAAAAAAAAAACUGAUAUUGCUGAUAGAUGUGCCAUUUUUGGAGGUGGGAAGUUAGGAAACAUUAUAUCUGUAAAUAACGAUAAACUAUUGUUAUCAAAAUACAAUUCUGAGCGAAUUUUGACUAUUCAUGUUUUAUGAUUUUCAUCAAAAUUUGAUUAUAAAUAAAAAAACUAUAACUACUAAUUUAAUUUUAAACAAAAUAUAAAUAUGAAUGAAAAAUAAAUAAAUAAUUAAAAUUAUUUGUUGUAAAUUGUAUUAUAUUAUCACAGUUAAUCAAAUUUUUUUAUAUAACUAUAUUAGUGUGUGUAUUUUUAAAUAUUAAAACGUAUAUUUUUGCAUAUUUGAAAAAAAUAACACAUAUUUUCUUAUUUCACAAAUCCUCGUUCUGAUUAUUAGUUUGAAUGGAAGGAGUGUUUUCACCAAAAAUACGGUUAAGAGAGAAAUAAUACACACAAAUUUUUUUGAACAUAAAAUAAUAUUUUUAAUUAACAUUUUUCUAAGUUCAGUUAAACUUUCGUUAAAGGUCACCUUUAAAAGACUGUCAUUAUUUGCGGUCCCUUCAGUGAUCAUUAUAUGGAAGUUUCACUGUACUUGACUGGUUUCACUACAAUAUACCAGAUAAUUAUUUUAUUGUUAAACACUCAUGAUCUCGGAAAGUAUUAAUAUUUUUCGGAAUUUGUUUUAGAGAAAUUUUAAGAAACAAGCAACUCUAAAAUUUUACAUUUACAUUAUUUUUGUCCCCCUAAUUUUUAGGAGGUGAAACAAUUACCUACUUUUGUAUUUCAAAGAGCAACCUAUAUUAAAAAUCCUAUGAUUAGAUACAUGGAUUCUUAGUCAAAAUAAAUUUUGAUGUUGACAAUUUAAAUUUUUGUCCAUCUAUUUUGCGAGAUAUUCAACUUUUAAGUUUAGAUCGGGGGAGAGUAGUGGAGCGUCAUUUGUAUGGCAGUACAGCAUUUUAAUAAUUCACUACUCAUUCUCCUCUGACCCAAACUUAAAAGUGGAAUAUUUCGUCUAGACCAAAACUUAUUUUAACAAAUAAUAUUUGUUUAAGGCAUUUUCAAUUUAGUUACCAUUUUAAAAUCAAAAGUAGAUAGUGAUUUCAUCCCAAAAAUAAGGGUAACAAAAAUAAUGAUAAUAUAAAAUUUAAAAAUUAUUUGUUUCUUGCAUUUUCAAAAAAAAAAAAUUUCAAAAAUAGUAAUUACUUUCAGAAAUAGUGAGUGGUAAAGAUAAAGGAAUCACCCGGUAUAAUUGAAUAAUUAAAUUUCUAGUUUUUACUUUAUGUUAUUCAUUAUUUAACUCUCACCAUAUUUACAGUUAGUGUUCAUUUCUUAUUUUAGUUCAAUAUAUUUCAUUUUUUCAGAGCUGACUUGUAAUGUCCAACUUGGUCAUUUAAGUACUCUCCAAUUAAUUGAUCAAGUUCUAGUCUCAUCCAUUUGGCAGUUCUUCCUUAUUUCCAAUAUUAAGCUCUUGCCAUUCAUUAUGUUUGCUAAUACUUUCAUUUUUGGGGUCUUUAUAUUGAUAUGAAAACUCUUGGAUUUUAGACAUGAUUGAAGUGAUUCUUAGAUCUUUAUUGUAUAGAUGUCUCGGGUCAUUUAUUUUUUGUAACACUCAAUCUGUGAUGAAUUUUCACUAACUAGGAAUUCAGUGUGACACUCAAACAAUUAAAAUACCUUUUACGUCUUUUUUCCAAAUUUGAUUAACUUGCACAGAAAAUGAUUAAAUUGGUGAAUGACAAAGCAGCACAGGCCAUGGAUUACUGGAUUAUGAUCUGAAACAAAAUAUUUUAUGUUAUUAACUUUGUUAAUAUUACUAAGAAAGUUAUAAUGUAACUUUUACAGCAAUAUAAAAAAUAUAAAUAGAGCAAUUUUGUAAUUUACCCAUUCUUUUGUCUGUUAUUAUUUUGUAAACUGCUUCUUUAAUAUUCUAUUAGUAAAUCAAUUACAGCCAUUUUUUCUAAUAUUUCACUUCAAGAUAUAAAUUGAAAAAUCUAAAAACAAAAAAUAUAUAUAUAUAUUAUUAUUUCUUGAAAUGGAAUUAUUCCUUAUAAUUAUUUAAAUUAAAAAGCGCUGAAUUUUGUGUGAAAUGAAAAACAAAGUUAGAUACUAUGGACCAACCUAUUACCAGUUGAAAACAAUUUAUUUUUUAUUUUACUUGCAUAAUUAUGUUCUAUAUUCUAUUCUUAUUAUUUCACUAUGUAUUAUUACUUUCAUGCAUUAUACAGGAUGUUUCAGAAACAAAAGAUCAACUUAAUGGGAUGGUGGGUACUCUGAAUAGAUUUUUUUAUUUAAUCUCAAAACCUUUGAUUACUGGUUUUAUUUAUAACAGUUAUAAAAAUAAAUCAUUCCAGAUAAUUUCUUGUGGAAUUCUGUUAAAAAAAUGGGUUAGGUCUAAUUAUUGCUGUGAAUAUUCUAGAUUUUAUUUUAAAAAAUUUUGAUAGUGUAAUGACAACUAUUUUUGCCUUUGCUAUUUUUUACUUUUCUCUUAUAACCUUUUUGCUGCAGACAUUUCAAUAGUUGUGGCUGAAACUUUCUUUACUUUUUCAGGAUAUUCAAAUUAUCCACAAAAACAAAAAUGUGUGUUUGAUUUUGGUUAAUUUUUAUUACUUCACUUUGUAAUAUUUUUAGUGCUUCUCCGGUGCUAGAUUAAACAGUAAAGGGAAAAAGGGAAAGUGGGUCUCCUAUUUAAUACCUAUUUCUACUGUGAAAGGGUGCAGUACAUUUUUAUUUGAUAUUUGAUGCACAUUUUUGUUAAUGUCCCAAGUAAGAUUCUUAAAUUCCGAAUUAGUCAUCAUAUAAUGCGGGUUCUAUCUAUGUAUGACAUCUUAAGAUUUCUGAAAAAUCAACAAACAACUGCCACAAAUGUUGCCUGUACUCAUAUUUUUUUUCAAUUAUUUGAAAAAUUAAUGAAUGUUGUUCCACUGUUGAUCUCUCUUUAUGAAAAAAAGUACUUGAGUUAUAUUCAUGUUAUCAAAGUAAGUAAACAUUUAUUUAAUUUGUAGUAAAAUUACAUAACUUAAUUUUGUACAUUUUGUUGUUUGGUUUUUUUUUCCACACUAACUUAGCUUAUGUUUAGUUUAUUACCUAAAUAUUAGUUUAAAACUUCAUAACUAAAUUACCUGGUAGUCAUAUACUGUUAGUUAUCAUUUUAUCACACAUUUCUGAGUUUUUGAGGUGCUGCAGCCAAACUUCAAGGUCAACUUUCUGAAACAUAAUAUUUUAUAUAACAUAAUUUACAGCAUGAUUUUCUUUAGUAACAUAUUUAGUAAUAAUUGUAAACAUGGUUCUUCUUUAAUCUUAAUGUUUAGUAUUAUUUGCAAGGCAUCUAUGAAACAUUUAUAAAAUAUUAUAGUUAUUUUUGAUUAAAGAAUUGUAUUAAAAUAUAUACUGUGACAUUAAAUUUUUAAUAAUAAAUUAUAUAUUUUUCUGUCUAGUAUUUUUAUUUUUAGGCGGAAAAAUAAUCUUUCUUAUAGUAUUGGGUUCUACAUUAUCUACAAUUUGUAAGAGGUUACUUGAAUAAGGAAUAUUGAUAAGUAAAAUAACAAGAAACAUUUAAAAUACCCUUUUAUGUUUCAAAGAAAUGUAUACAAUUAUCAAAAUUAUAACUUAAUAAAUGUCUCUUAAUUAAAUCUAGUCACUAUUUUUAAAAUAUCUGGACCUGAAGUCUAUAAAUUAUAAAAAUAUAAUAGAUUAUAUUCUUUCAAUAAAUUUUUAAAUCAAAGAAUGUUAAAUUUGUUUAAAUAAAUGUUUGUUACUCACCAAUUUAUCAUGUAACAUUUUAAUUGUUUAUUGUUUGUUUUAUGUAAUUUGUAACUAAAAAUUAAUAUAGUCUAUAUUAAUAAAUAAUUAUUUAUUUACAGAUACUUUAGUGGAAAUGACUGAAUUAUUAAAGAGAUUGGUUGUUAGCUAUGUGAAAACUAGACAUUUUUUAGAAUUUUGUUUUGUUUCAAUGAUGAAGAUGGAAAAUACUAUUGAAGAAGAACAGUUAAAAGAUGACAUACUAUGCAAAUAUUGGUAUUUAAUGGUUGAUCCUCGUAAAGAUUCAUCUUGAAGUUAUUGAUUAGUAGUAUUAUUUAUUAUUAUUAUUUUAUUUUUUUUUUACUGAAGGCCAGUUAUUUUUUUUUCCAAUUUUGUAUACAUUUGUUAAAAUUUCCAUAGUUUGUUUUAAAAAACUUUAAUGUUUUAUUUAAAUCAUUUUCUUCUUAUACCAAUGUCAGCCAUAUUUAAAUUGUUUUAUUCAAAGGUAUUCUUAUUUCUUUUGCAUAGGUUAAUAUUUUUUAAUUUUAAAAAUAGUUUGUAAUAUUUAAAUUAGUAUAAUUUAAAGAAAUUAAAUAAACCUAAUAUUUUUAAAAUAAAAAAGCCAAUUAGUUUAAUGACAUGAUUAAACAGUUCAGUAAAAAAUUUAUUUUAACUGUUUUCUCUUACAAUCCAAUCAAAAAAAAAAAAAAAAAAACACAUUACAACACAUAGGUAUAUCGCACAAGUGGUAACAUCACCAUCCCUGUACAAGACAUUGUCAGUUUUUCAAAUAAACAAUUUUAUUUUUUUUUUAAAGUUCAAAAUUUAUCUAUUAAAUGGAAUCUUUAGGAAUUAUAUAAUUAAAAUUAUUUUCAUAAAUAUAUUAAUUGGUUUGUGUAAUGGUGAAACAAAAAGUAAUAAUCUCAGCUUAAAUUAUUUGACAUACUCGAGAUCAUUACCGGAAUUUUAAAUUACCGGUAAAUUAAAAUACAGUUAAAAAUGUAAUCAAAGAAUCAUUUUUCAAUAAAAAUUUGAUAAAGGGUAAAACUUAAUAUUAUUAACAUAAAUUAAAAGAAUUAUCAGAAGUUCUUAAAAAAAAAUAUAAUAAUAAUCAAACAUAUAUAUAUAUAUAUAUAUAUAAAUAAAUAUACUUAUAUAUUUACAAGGAAAAAGCGUUUAUAUCAUUUUGGUAUUUUGCCAAUCAAUUAUCUUCUGGUGCAUGAUCGUUCUCACUACUCCGUAAUAAAAAUUUCAUUUCAAUAUCUUGUCCAUCAGAUGAACUGGAAGAACUAUUACUAGAGUCUGAUGAGCUUUCACUGUCUACAGAGCUGUCUGAAUUAUUCGUCCUUGUUUGGACUUGUUUGAGUGUAUCAAUUUCAGUUUGCAGCAAUUUGUUUUGUGUUGUCAAUUCUCUAAUCUGCAAUUGCAUUAAUCUAUAUUCUUCUGGAUCGGGGUCAAUUGAUUCUUCAUCGUCUUCUUUAGAUGUUCCAUUUAAAUAUGCCAUAACAUUUCUUUUAUACCUAUAUUUAAACACAAAAUAGUGAAAUUAAUAAUUAAAAUUGUUUU